AUGCAAUCCUCCGCUCUGCUGCUGGGCCUCUUGGUGGCUUCUGUCACUGCCGUGCCCUUGGACCAGCAACCCUUAGUCACUGAUUCUAGCAGAGACGCGCAAGUCUCUGCCGAUUUCCUGACAGGCGCAACACAACAGGCCCUUCACGGUCGCUUUUUGCACAUUACUGAUUUCCAUCCCGACCGAUACUACAGGGCUGGCUCGAAGGUGAGCGGUGACUCAGGGUCAUGUCAUCAUGGCAAGGGGCCCGCGGGAUACUUCGGCCAGGAAGGCUCCGAAUGCGAUUCCCCGAUUACCCUUGUGAGCGAGACAUUCCGCUGGAUCGAGGCGAACCUGAAGGACCAAAUCGACUUUGUGAUUUGGACUGGUGACUCGGUCCGUCACGACAACGAUGAGCGCAUCCCCAGAACAGAUGACGAGAUAGUGGAAGUCAACGAGUUCAUGGCUCAGAAAUGGGUCGAGAUGUUUGGAAAAAGGAAGAACCCUAAUACACCGGGUAGUUUCCCGCGCGUGGCUGUCCCCGUGAUUCCUACCUUCGGCAACAACGACAUUACGCCUCACAACAUCUUCAGGAAAGGCCCCAACUGGUGGACUAAGAAAUAUGCGGAGAUCUGGCGGCAUUUCAUACCUGAGGAUCAGCGACACAGCUUUGUCGAGGGUGGAUGGUUCCUUAGUGAGGUCAUCCCCGGUAAGCUGGUUGUCAUCAGCUUGAACACGAUGUACUUUUUCGAAACCAACAGUGCAGUGGAUGGUUGUAACGCCAAAUCUGAACCCGGCUAUGAACAUAUGGAGUGGUUGCGUGUGCAGUUGCAGCUCUUGCGCAAUAAGGGUAUGAAGGCCAUCCUCAUGGGCCAUGUUGCUCCUGCCCGCUCCGACGAGAAGACCAGCUGGGAUGAGAGCUGCUGGCAGAAAUACGCUCUCUGGACGGAUCGCUACCGCGAUGUCAUCGUUGGCAGUCUCUAUGGACACAUGAACAUCGACCACUUCAUACUGCAAGACAGCCACGAGAUCGAAAUUGACUCCGUAGCGAAGAGCGGUGCCGUGACUACCCUUUCCAAGGAAGAUUAUCUCACAUCCCUUCGGAGACAGUGGGCUGAGUUGCCCGAGCCCCCAGUCAGUAUCUUCGAAGACUUGGCCUCGGUAGAUGAGGCACCGGAGUUUGAUUCCACUAAAACAGGCAAGAAGGGGAAAAAGGGAAAGCACAGCAAGGGCAAGAAGAAGGAAAAGAAGCAACGCAAAUAUUUGAAAAAAAUCGGUGGUCAAUUUGCGGAGCGGUACAGCGUGUCGCUGGUUGCACCGAGUGUGGUGCCGAACUUCUUCCCGACGCUCCGCGUGAUUGAAUACAACAUCAGCGGAUUGGAGAACGUCUUCUCUGACGCGGAGUCUAUCUACGAGGAGACCGGUGACUUCUCUCUCCCUGUUGAGGAGGAACCUUCUCCUGAAACUCAAAAGAAGAAAAAGGGCAAGGACAAGAAGUCUGACUUCAAGAUCCCCAACGGACCAUCAUCAACCGCUCCUCCGGGGCCUGCGUACUCCAACCAACCCUUGACGUUCCUCGGCUGGACCCAAUACUUCGCCAACUUGACCAAACUCAAUCACCUGGCUGACACGGAGAGCAAGAAGACUCACAUCGAAUACGAGGUCGAAUACACUACGUCAGACGAAGGCGACUCUCAAAUGAAGGACCUGACCGUGCGAAGCUUCCUGGACUUGGCCACGCGGAUCGGCGAAAAAGGCGUUGUCUCCAAAGACGUCGAAACCGACACGACGGUGAAGAAGAAGAAGAAAAAGGUUAACAAGGCGUGGCGCACCUUCCUUUCUCGAGCGUUUACGGGAUAUCUUGAUGUAGAUGACCUGGACGUGAAAAGUCCGCAAUGA